UUUUGUCUUUCCGUCUCUUCUUUUUCACCUCCCCCUCCUCCCUUCUGAUAUUUUUCUCUCUCCAUUCUUAAAACAAGAUAGAUAAACAAUGGUUGGUGACUACAGAGAUAACUAUAGCAAAAGCUCCGACGAUUCUUCUUCUGUAGAGGAAGAGACUACUUCUUCAAUGUAUUCUGCGGGAAAAGAAGAUACGCACACAGAAUGGACCGAUGAGAAGCAUAGUUUGUAUCUUAAAUCAAUGGAAGCUUCCUUCGUUGAUCAGCUCUACAACUCCCUCGGUUUGCUCGGUUCCAAAAACAACAAGGAUACUGUCGGACCAUCAUCGAGAAGGUUCGUUAACGGUGGAAAACCUUCUGAAGAACAGUUCAAGGUUCUUCGUGGUGGUUUCUGGCAGAAGAUGAACGUGAGACAACCUGAGUAUCGUCUCAGUGGAAGACACGGUCGUAGUUCUCACGAGUUUCUUAGGAGCCCAUGGAUCAAGCACUAUAAGCCUUCACCAAAGACCCUUGAAAAUCAAGUUGUUAGCUCAAAGGGUAUAGUCAUAUGCAGCUCUGGUUUACGAGAAGGCUGCUCUCAUUCACGUGACCGGGAUCAAAUCAGCGUGGGAGAAGAAGAAGUAUCUGACCAGAACUUUGUCAAUGAAGUAACAAAAUGCCAAAACGGAAGCUCCAAGAAGAUGAAGACUGUGAUGAGUGGAUCGUCUAGUACUGAUCAGGUUGUUCCACUCAGAAAAAAUCAUGCAAACAUGAUCACUUAAAUUUUAAGUCCAUUGCUGGGUGAGGUCAUUGAAGCUGGUUACGCAGGGAGAUUUUUGUUAUGUUAAUAGAAUUUGAGUAACUAAAAUUAAAACAAAAGUCAACUUACUAUGAUUAGUAGUUGCAUGUGUCUUCAUCAUAUAACCCUAACUAAAAAUAUUUUAUAUCCGCAUGUGAGUGGAUUCAUAUGUAAUGUGAACCUUUUAUUUGCAUCAAGUUAUUUAGUUUUUGUUGUUUA